CAGUAUAUGUCGACAAGGGACAAUAGUGUGCACACCUGACUUGGAUAUACUUAAAGUAGUCUGUGUGCAGCUUGUAUUGUUGUGUGUGGGAGGAGUGGACAGCACAAGGGGGGCGUAGUUAGGCUCUAUGAUUUAUAUAUAUAUAUAUAUAUAUCAGUGGUUCUUAACCUGGGUUUUAUCGAACCCUAGGGGUUCGGUGAGUCGGGCUCUGGGGCUCGGCGGAGGUCAAAACACUCCCGACUCAUCGUGUAAAUAAAAACUUCUCCUUAUCGGCGUACUACGGAUACGACAACAGCAGAAGUCAGACUGAUUUGCAGGUGUGUAGUUUGUUGUGAGUUUAUGAACUGUGUUGGUUUUGUUCUUUGAACAAGGUGAUGUUCAUGCACGGUUCAUUUUGUGCACCAGUAAAAAAACAUAAUAAUAAUAAUAAUAACUGGGAUUUAUAUAGCGCUUUUCUAAGUACCCAAAGUCGCUUUACAUGUAGAACCCAUCAAUCAUUCACACCUGGUGGUGGUAAGCUACUUUCAUAGCCACAGCUGCCCUGGGGUUGACUGACGGAAGCGUGGCUGCAAUUUGCGCCAACGGCCCCUCCGACCACCACCUAUCAUUCAUCAUUCAAUUCACCGGUGUGAGUGGCACCGGGGGCAAAGGGUGAAGUGUCCCGCCCAAGGACACAACGGCAGCGAUUUUUGGAUGGUAAGAGGCGGGGAGCGAACCUGCAACCCUCAGGUUUCUGGCACGGUUGCUCUACCCACUACGCCAUGCCGCCCCAUGGUAACGCUUUAUCAAUCAAUCAAUCAAUCAAUCUUUAUUUAUAUAGCCCUAAAUCACAAGUGUCUCAAAGGGCUGCACAAGCCACAACGACAUCCUCGGUACAAAGCCCACAUACGGGCAAGGAAAAACUCACCCCAGUGGGACGUCGAUGUGAAUGACUAUGAGAAACCUUGGAGAGGACCGCAUAUGUGGGUAACCCCCCCCCUCUAGGGGAGACCGAAAGCAAUGGAUGUCGAGUGGGUCUGACAUAAUAUUGUGAGAGUCCAGUCCAUAGUGGAUCCAACAUAAUUUAGUAUGGGGGAACAUAUUCACCAUUAAUUAGUUGCAAUUAGUAACAUAUUGGCUCUUAACUAAUCAUUAUUAAGUACUUAUUAAUGCCUUAUUCGGCAUGGCCUUGUUAUAACCCUAACCCUCUGACCCUGGCCCUAACCCUCUAAACCUAACCCUAACCAAAAAACUCUAAAUUAAGUCUUUGUUACUUAGAAUAUGUUCCCCAUACUAAAGUGUUACCAAAAACAUAUAACUUUGUCUUGAACUUGAAACAUUUUUUUUGUUUUGUUUUUUUCACUAAAGAAGGGUUCGGUGAUUGGCAUAUGAAACUGGUGGGGUUCGGUACCUCCAACAAGGUUAAGAACCACUGAUAUAUAUAUAUAUAUAUAUAUAUAUACUAUAUAUAUAUAUAUAUAAUAACAAACAAUAAUAAUAAUAAGUGUGACAAAAUCCAAGGGAGUGUAUGGUGUGUGCGACUACGUGUAUGAAUUAACUGUUGAGUGUUACCGUAAAUGUUGAGCAAGAAGCAAGUCCAAAAAGGGGCAGGGCAGGCUCAAAAAUCCGUGAAACAAGCAGGAAGUCGUUGGCUAUAGCGGGGCGUAGGACCAGGGGCGCCGCUAGGGAUUUUGGGCCCCAUGAAAAUAAUCUUUACAGGGCCCCCAACACAGUGUCAUUAUUUUUUCUGUAUUAUAAUUUCAUCAUCAUUAGGGGCCUCUCUGGGCCCCCUCCAUCAUGGGCCCCUAGAAUCCGUCUCCUUUACCCCCCCUUUUCGGCGCCCCUGCGUAGGACGUCCGUGUCCAAGUGGGAGGUCGAGAUCCAAGAGGCAGUCCGGGAAGCAGAGGAACAAGGAAAGAUGAGACACACAGCUCGUCAACGCGGGAACGGAGAUCCGCAGAUUGGAGCGACAAGGAGGACACGAGACAAUCCAUAACACGGGAAAGAAAACACAGAGAGCAAAGAGUGCGCAUAGAGCUUGACGUGGCUUACUGUACGCCAACAGAUGGUUACGUUCUGGUGCCGGAUAACAGGUUGAGCAGGCUUAUGAAGGCAGGACCUCUCAUUAGCGCAAGGUGCGUUGAUUGCUGAUGGAAAACAGCUGCUUGCUGCCGCCGGAGUGACGCGUGCAGAUGAUGAGCGGCCGUGGGCGUGUCCCGAGGUGCGCUCCGCGGGGCUCAUUGAAGAAUGCACAUUGACAUGUGCCCGGGCCGUGACAUGUAUAGCGUCUGGCGGUACAGUCUGGGGCUGCACAAGUGCUUCCAGCUUUGGGGAUUUGCGGUUCAAUGAGGGAAAGAGGAAUUAUAACAUGUACUUUGACGUUGCAAGUGUCCAAAAACCAAACUGUGCAUGUUGUGUUGUCCAUGCCCAGCAUGACCGAUGAAGUCAACAUCAGGGAGGUGCACAUGUCCCAGCCACACGCGGAGGAAGAAACUUCUUCUUCUGCAGAAGAGAGCCCAGCCCUGUGUGCGCUUCUGCACAGCCGCAUGCACCACAGCAGCCCACUCGCGAGAGCAGUGCUGUGUGCGCAGGUGUGUAAGGUGUACCGCUUUCAGACGGAGGACGACAGGUGGCUGCUGGUCCAAGAGCAAAUGUCCGAGACGCUGUUGUCCUUCUCUUUACCCAAACAGCUACUGAGGAUGCUCAUGAGCCAGUUCACUAACAUUCGGCAGGAAGUGGAGAAGCUUUGCGACCUUUCACCCCACUGGGAUGGCCUCCGAUGUGAUGUCAUCAGCCACUGCAGCUACUUGAUUGGCUCCUACAAAGAGGCGCUUGAAAAGCUGCACACACUUUCAGCAUUGUCCUGCUUCAAGUCGAGUGGCUCCAAGUGGGAUGAGCACCUUCAGUUUGUCCCCACAAACCUGCACGCUCAGCGGAUGGAAGUCACCUGUCAGGACAGCACAGGUGUGUGGUACCAUGUGAUCACUUUUGGUGCUCCGGCCGACCACUACCAGGCCUUCAAACAUGGCGGUCUCAGGAGGCUGCUGGCCAAGCACGCUGACCACAUGCACAGCUGCGUGUGCUACUCCCAGGAGGAGAGCUCCCGGGCCCAGGCGGUGUUGGCUAGCGUGGCUCAGCUGCAGCCGCUCCUCUUCGGCCUCGCUGAGGAGCUGCUGUCCGUCUCCCUGGAGCACAGCGCUCCCCGGCUGCAGCGGGCCGCAGACGACCUAGCCCGACAGACGGAGAAGUUUGUUCACGCUCUUAAAGACGAGCUCGUGAGAAGCUCGUUGGGUGACAUUCAACACAAACGCUGUCACGACAAAGACGGCGGCCUCCAUGACGCUUCACCUGACGACCAGCAACAUGACGAGGAGUGGGACAGAGUGUGGGCAAACGUCACGAACAGCCUGAGCUGCAUCAUCGUCAUGGUGGACCGACUCCAUGGGCAGCAGGACGGCAAUCCAAACGACUGUGGUGUGUUUACUAACAACUCUGUAUGUGCACUUUUAUACACUUAUGACCUUGUCCGCCCCCCAGGCUAUUGGCAGGAGCAGCUGCUCCCUCUGGUGAUCACUCUCAGGGAUUGCGUGCGUGAGGCGGUCCAGAGGGCUCAGGCUGCCAUGACCUUUGUGGUCCUGCAGGCAGCGGCCUCCGCUACCGUCGUGCACGGCACCGCCAAUCUUACUCUAAGACGACACGCCGUCUUCAGCCAGGCGCUCUCAGCGACCACAUGCGGCUUCCUGUUGAGGCUCUACGACGGUCUGGGGGACUCAAAGUUCCUGCAGCAGCUUCACGCAGUCGGAAUCCUGGUUCAGUUUGAAGGCCUGCUCAGCACUUAUGGUGAUGAAGUGGGGAUGCUGGAGGAUAUGAUGGUGGGGGUGGCUGACCUGGGGGGAGUCACAUUUUCCCUAACUGAAGCAAAAACGGAACAACCCGAAGACCUUCAGCCGACCCUCAGAGGAACAUUGGGCUCCAUUGUUGUCAACGUCCCACUGCCUACGUCAGCCUUCAUGACACUGCCUGGUGAACUGAGAGCAGGAUGUUUGAUUCCCAUUCACCCUGUUCUCUUCAACAUUGGCAUCAACCAGCAGCAGACUGUGGCUGAGAGGUUUGGCAACAACUCCCUGCAGGAAAGGCUGAAUCAGCAGAGCUGCGAGCAACUGAAAGUUUACUGUAACACGCUGAGAGAUCACCUGCCUGACUUCGCUGGUGUGCAAUCUCUGUGGGACAUGUUAGCAUCUUUGAGUCGGAGCGUGGAAGCUCAGAGGAGGAAGAAUGUGGAGGUGCUUUGGCUGGCUGCCUCGGUCUGUCGUCAAGUGAGCGGAGUGCGUCUAACCAGCUGUAAGAGCGCCAAGGACCGAACGGCAAUGUCAGUGACACUGGAGCAGUGCAUGCUGCUCAGGGACAAACAUGCUCUCAGCCAACAUCACUUUUGCACUGCGCUGGACCAAAUGAGGAGGUGUCAUCUGUCCUGGGGGCAGAUGUUGGGCUGUUAUGCCAAAUCGGGUCCAACACUGUUUGGGUUAGAGUCUGGGGAGAAGCCCUCGGACCAACAGAAGUCCAACUUCCCGCGGUGUUUUGCCCCAAAAGGGAGGGCUGCAGGAUGGAGAACGUUCAGAAAAACAUGGGAAGCAGGAAGUUUGCCUUCAGCCGCGUCCAGCUCCUUACCUUCCCAAAACUUUACAGACCUCCAUAUGGCAGCUAUGGAUACUAGACAUCCUAUGCUUUUGUUUUGUUUUGUACAUAACAUUGAAUAAUGAAUCGUGUAAUCCUGUUUUUGUCAAAACAAAGAGUUAAACUGUUGAAAAAAGGCAUAUUGCAUAUUAAGAUAAACUAUUCAAUUGUAGCAAUCAUGUUACAUUAAAUUAUUAUUUUUAUUCUAUAUGAUAUAAUGAUAUAUAAUUAUUAUAUGUCUAUACCAAUAUAUAUGUAUAUAUAUAUGUAUAUAUGUAUGCGUGUAUUUACAAAACUCAAAACCAGUGAAGUUGGCACGUUGUGUAAAGCGUAAAUAAAAACAGAAUAUAAUGAUUUACAAAUCCUUUUCAACUUAUAUUCAAUUGAAACACAAGAUAUUUAAUGUUCGAACUGAGAAACAAAAUUUUUUUUUUUGCAAAUAAUUAUUAACUUAGAAUUGAAUGGCAACAACACAUUGCAAAAAAGUUGGCACGGGGGCAUUUUUACCACUGUGUUACAUAGCCUUUCCUUUUAGCAACACUCAGUAAAUGUUUGGGAACUAAGGAGACCAAUUUUUUUAAGCUUUACAGGUGGAAUUAUUUCCCAUUCUUGGUUGAUGUACAGCUUAAGUUGUUCAACAGUCCGGGGUCUCCGUUGUCAUAUUUUACGCUUCAUAAUGCGCCACACAUUUUCAAUGGGAGACAGGUCUGGACAACAGGCAGGCCAGUCUAGUACCCACACUAUUUCACUACGAAGCCACGCUGUUGUAACACGUGCAGAAUGUGGCUUGGCAUUGUCUUGCUGAAAUAAGCAGGGGCAUCUAUGGUAACGUUGCUUGGAUGGCAACAUAUGUUGCUCCAAAACCUGUAUGUACCUUUCAGCAUUAAUGGCGCCUUCACCCUCAUACCAUCACAGAUGCUGGCUUUUGAACUUUGCACCUAUAACAGUCUGAAUGGUUAAAUUGGAAUUAUACUCUUUGGUUCGGAGGACACAACAUCCAGUUUCCAAAAACAAUUUGAAAUGUGAACUCGCCUGACCACAGAACACUUUUACACUUUGCAUCAGUCCAUCUUAGAUGAGCUCAGGCCCAGCGAAGCCAACUGCGUUUCUGGAUGUUGUUGAUAAAUGGCUUUCGCUUUGCAUAGUAGAGUUUUAACUUGCACUUACAGAUGUAGCGACAAACUGUAGUUACUGACGGUGGUGUUCUGAAGUGUUCCUGAGCCCAUGUGGUGAUAUCCUUUACACACUGAUGUCGCUUUUUGAUACAGUACCGCCUGAGAGAUCAAAGGUCACAGACAUUCAAUGUUGGUUUUCGGCCUUGCCGCUUACGUGCAGUGAUUUCUCCAGAUUCUCUGAACCUUUUGAUAUUACGGAGCGCAGAUGGUGAAAUCCCUCAAUUUCUUGCAAUAGCUCAUUGAGAAAUGUUGUUCCUAAACUGUUCGACAAUUUGUUCCCGCACUUGUUCACAAAGUGGUGACCCUCGUCCCAUCCUUGUUUGUGAAUGACUGAACAUUUCAUGGGGGCUGCUUUUAUACCCAAUCAUGGCAUCCACCUGUUCCGAAUUAGCCUGCUCACCUGUGGGAUGUUACAAAUAAGUGUUUGACGAGCAUUCCGCAACUUUCUCAGUCUUUUUUGCCAUUUGUGCCAGCUUUUUUGAAACAUGUUGUAGGCAUCAAAUUCCAAAUGAGCUAAUAUUUGCAAAACAUAACAAAGUUUACCAGUUCGAAUAUUGAGUGUCUUGUCUUUGCAGUCUAUUCAAUUUAAUAUAGGUUGAAAAGUAUUGGCAAAUCAUUGUAUUCUGUUUUUUAAUUACGAUUUACACAAGGUGCCAACUUCACAGGUUUUGGGUUUUGUAUAUGUAUUAAUGUGUAAUAUAUCUAUCUAUCUAUCUAUCUAUCUAUCUAUCUAUCUAUCUAUCUAUCUAUAUAUAUAUAUAUAUAUAUAUAUAUAUAUAUAUACCAGCUCGGUGCCUGACACUGUGACUUGAAGCGCAAGAGAAUAAACACAUUUUA